AUGCCUUCGCUCUUACCGUUUCAUUGCUCCGCUCAAACGGCUGACAAGCAAACCGCUGUCGUCGGCCUCUUCUUCCAGCUCACAGUACUCGACGGAUCCGUUACCCCCUUCGAAUCUAUUUUCUCUCAGCUUGAUGAUAUCGCCCAUGCCGGCGCCAGGACUGUGACUGGUGAACUGGACUUCCAGGUGCUUACCACCCACCUCGCCCACUUUAGAGUCAUUCAGUACACCGGCUCGCUUACUACUCCUCCUUGCACCGAGGGCGUUGCCUGGCAUCUCAGUGGCGGCCUUUGCCGCUCGACGUGA